UGUGUGUGUCUGUCGCAAAAGGCUGCGCCGGAAAACGACUCCAAGCGCUCGCUUUGCGGCCAACCCUGAGGUGCCUGAGUGAAGGCUGUUGGGGGCGGUGAGUCCCGAGGCAGGCUUUUGAAAUCAACAGACUAAGAUGAGAAGAUGAUGGCUUUUUCACACCGUUUCCAACAUCGUGGUUGCAUGUAACCAUCAUGGGCUACUGAGCACCGCAAUCACUGAUCUCAUCAGCUGCUGAAGUCGGUGCAGGAUGGACCCUGUGGUCCUCAGCUACAUGGACAGCCUCCUGCGGCAGUCAGACAUCUCACUGUUGGACCCUCCGAGCUGGCUGAAUGACCACAUCAUUGGAUUCGCCUUUGAGUACUUUGCCAACUGUCAGUUCCGGGACUUCUCCAGCCAGGUCGCCUUCAUCAGCCCUGAAGUCACCCAGUUCAUCAAGUGCACGAGUGACCCAGCUGAGGUUGCUUUGUUCCUGGAACCCCUGGGGCUCCCCCAGAAACGGGUGAUAUUUUUAGCCAUCAAUGACAACUCCAACCAGGCAGCCGGGGGAACCCACUGGAGCCUGUUGGUUUAUCUCCAAGAUAAAAACCGCUUCUGUCAUUACGAUUCCCAUAGCAGGAGCAACUCCAUCCACGCAAAGCAGGUGGCAGAGAAGCUGCAGGCUUUCUUAGUCAGAAAUGGAGACAGGCCGGCCUUUGUGGAGGAGAAAGCCCCUGCUCAGCAGAACAGCUACGACUGUGGGAUGUAUGUGAUCUGUAAUGCCGAGGCCUUGUGCCACAGCCUCUUUGGACAGCAGCCAGAGGCCCUGCUGCAGCUGCUCACCCCCACAUACAUCACACAGAAGAGGGCGGAAUGGAAAGAGCUCAUCGCCAGGCUUGCUAAAAAUUAGCUGGUGACGAAUAUCUGUGCCAGUGGAGUCUCUCCUGAGGCUGCAGCGCGGCCUCCAUGCAGGAGGGAGACUGCCUGGUGGGGGACAGCGUGACCUGACCUCUUCCUGCGCGAGAGUGAGCAUCCUCUGUUACCACCCUUGAUUCGAGAGCAAUACGUCCUGUAAGAGCGCGUCAGAGUUACGCACCAGAACCUUAAAGUCAGUAUAUCUUAACAUCUAUCGCACACACUUCUCAUUUUGGUCUAAAAAUUAAUCCCUCUUGGUCUCCCUUAAUCCCCAUUAGCUUUAAAAAAAACAAAAAUCAGUGAUCUGUAAAACAAAUCAGGAAUUCGAGUAGUCUGGAGAAAAGAAAAAAAAAAGCUAUGAAAAGAACAAC